AUGGCUGUUCAGUCGACGUUGCGGCCGCCUGAGGACCCCUUGCUUCUUCUUUUCACCCACUCUUCGAAACUGUUGCAAGAUCGAUUCCGCAAAUCCUCCAGAGCUGCCAAGCUAAUCGCAACUACGACCCUCCUUCUAUCGAUAAUCGGAAGCGGAUAUGGGGGAUAUCGCUGGUGGCAUGAAUGGGCGAAGGAUCGGGCUGAGGGGAAACGGUUAUUGAGGAAGAACUCCGGUCUUCGCGGCAAGGAUGGGACACGGAUAAUAUACGUUCCCUACAAAUCGUCCGUAUCGUCUUCAAUUACCUCCAAGGUAACCAUUCAUCCGACGAAGCCAAUGACAUUCGAUGCGCAUCGACGGCUAUUCCUGAACCCUCCCAGGGCGGCCGGUCUUGGUGAUAUAUCGUCCGUCUCAUCCCAAAUUCCACCCCCCUCCACAAAACCAGGCUUAAAUCUGGCCUUCUUGCACCAGUUUCUCAGCCUCCUAAGCAUCAUGAUUCCGAGAUGGAAGAGUAAAGAAACUGGAUUCUUGAUUGGUCACGGCGUCUUUCUUAUGCUUAGAACAUAUCUAUCUCUCGUUGUGGCAAGACUUGACGGAGAGAUUGUGCGGGAUUUGGUCACCGGCAAAGGUAAAGCGUUUGUCUGGGGCCUCAUAAAAUGGUGUGGAAUCGGAACAUUCGCGUCUUACACCAAUGCUAUGAUUAAGUUUCUCCAAUCAAAGGUCUCGAUUGCUUUCCGAACGCGACUCACAAGGUAUAUACAUGACCUUUACCUCAAUGAUAACAUAAACUAUUACAAGCUCUCCAAUCUUGAUGGCGGGGUUGGCGAAUCCGCAGACCAAUUCAUCACGCAAGACCUCACGCGAUUCUGCGCAGCCUCAGCGACGCUAUAUUCUUCGAUUGGGAAACCACUAGUGGACCUGUUCGUUUUCAACUAUCAACUCUAUCGUUCGCUUGGGCCAUUAGCAUUGACAGGGAUUCUGAGUGGAUAUUUUGGUACAGCAACGAUACUUCGUCGUCUCUCUCCGCCAUUCGGAAAGUUGGCAGCUGUCGAAGGUAGAAAAGAGGGUGAUUUUAGAGGCCUCCACUCCCGACUUCUGGCUAAUGCUGAAGAGGUGGCGUUCUACGGCGGAGCUGAAAUGGAACGUGUGUUCCUCACCAAAAGCUUUAAGGAUCUUCAACGAUGGAUGGAGGGUAUAUACAGUCUGAAAAUCCGAUAUAAUAUGCUUGAAGAUAUGAUUCUUAAGUAUUCUUGGUCCGCUUUUGGGUAUCUUAUCACGUCUCUCCCAAUAUUUCUACCUGCUUGGGGCGGUCUAGCUGGUGUUUCCGAAAUGACUCUCUUGUCUCCUGAAACUUCUGACAGGGAGAGAGAUCGCAUGAAGGAUUUCAUUACGAACAAGCGACUUAUGCUUUCUCUAGCGGAUGCAGGAGGUCGUAUGAUGUAUAGCAUUAAAGACCUUUCUGAGUUGGCAGGAUAUACUUCUCGUGUGUAUACGUUAAUAUCAACCCUCCACCGCGUACAAGCUAAUGCAUAUGCUUCGCGACGUGGUUCCCAUCCUGAACUGUACUCUCUCUCAGAUGUCCAAGGCACGAUUCACAGCGGGUUCGACGGAGUGCGCCUAGAGCAUGUACCUGUGGUAGCGCCGUCUCUCUUUCCUCAAGGAGGUGAUGAACUUAUCGAAUCAUUGUCAUUUAUAGUCCGUUCUGGCGAGCACCUUCUGAUUUCCGGCCCGAAUGGUGUCGGAAAAUCUGCUAUCGCUCGCAUUGUCGCAGGGCUCUGGCCAGUUUACCGUGGGCUAGUUAGUCGGCCUAGAAGAUUUGGCGAAGAUGGCAUAAUGUUCCUCCCGCAGCGCCCAUACCUUAGCGGGGGCACGCUGCGUGACCAAGUCAUUUACCCCCACAGCGAAAUGGACAUGCGAGAAGAUGGGAAGAGUGAGGCGGAUUUACUUCGUGUAUUGAACGAUGUUCACCUCGGAUACUUGCCCGAUCGGGAGGGCGGUUGGGACUGUCGUAAGGAAUGGAAAGAUGUCUUAAGUGGUGGUGAAAAGCAGCGCAUGGGCAUGGCAAGACUCCUGUACCACGAGCCUCGAUAUGCAUUCAUCGACGAAGCCACGUCUGCUGUCUCUUCUGAUGUUGAAGGCUUACUCUAUGAACAAGCCAAGCAACGGGGGAUCACUCUGAUCACGAUCUCCACACGUGCUUCGCUGAAGAAGUACCACACCUUUAAUCUUACCCUUGGCAUGGGACAGGACGGCACCGAAUGGGAAUUCGACCGUAUCGGCACAGAAAAGGAGAAAAUGGGUGUAGAGAAGGAAAUACAAGAGCUUCGGAAGCGGCUUGACCAGGUUGAGGGGUGGAAGGCUCGGAAAAAAGAAAUCGAUGACGAGCUGCGUAGGGUGUGGGUUCGUGAUGGCGAGGCUGAACGGGCUCUUCCUCCAUACCAGAAAGGCAACGAAGCCGGGGACGAGGCUGAGAAGCAAAACGACCAGAGGAGUUGUGAUACAGAUGCAGACCCGAAUGCGGAUUCAGAUGCAUAUGUAGAUGCCCAUGCUGAUACGGAUAGUCUGGGUGCACAAGCUGAGACCGCGGAGUAGAGCAUCCGAGGCUCUCUGUAAGUUGAUCGGAUGUGAUAUGUGCUGUAAAUAUUAUACUUCUUUUUUUUCAAAUACUCGCAUCCUAUGAUCCU